UGUGUACAAACACUGGAUAGGGAAUUAUCGCCAUACCCAUUUGACUGAUCGAGCUGAUUGAGAAUUGGCACAGCUUGACGUGAAAGUCGAGCCGGAACUCGGCAUAUACCGGGUCAUAUCCCGACAUCGCCUGUGUCAAGCAUACAAUGCCCGAUCUGAUCCUACAGCCAUUGAUAUCAGAAUUUAUAGUCAUGGACAAGUUGCCAGUGCAAAGUCUGGUUGAGGCCGAAUCAUCCCACUUUACCAUACUCCAAGACGAUAUCAAGAAGGGUUGACCGGCUACUCCCGAAAUCUAGAUCGCCAUCUCGAAUCAUCGUCCUAAGACUUGCAACCAGCCCCAAGAACACCAAAAGAUGACCAACGCGAAUAUGAACGGUACAAGAGGGUAUCAUGUCUGCAUGGAUGUCGGGGGAACCAAGAUCGCUGCGGUCAUCGCUGAUGAGCACGGACGUCAAGUCUCUAGAGGUUAUGCUGGUUCUGGCAAUAUGGCAGAACUUGGGGUAGCGCUCUCAUCUCAAAGGAUCAAACAGGCAGUACUGGACGCAGCUACCAGGGUCCCAGGUCUGGUCCUACCUGAUCCGUCAUCACAAGACGUACGACAAGCAUGUCCUUUCCCCGUGUUAUCCGCCUGGGCAGGGAUUGCGGGUUGUGACAGUAAAGCCGAUAUCCACCGUAUGGAAGCAGCUCUCAAGGACUUCUUCGGCACAACCCCUGUCAGGGUGACCAACGACUCUCUUCUCCUCUCCGCCCCUAUUCUUCGAGCAUCCGCUCCUUGGGGUAUCUGUGUUGUAGCCGGGACGGGGUCCGUCAUCUCGGGCGUGAUCAACGAGGAUGGAGUUCCGGUGCCAUUCGCUCGACGAGGAGGGCAUGGACAUAUCUUUGGGGACGAGGGGUCAGCUUAUCAUCUGGGCGUAACGGCAGUGCGAGCGAUCACGAACGCUUUCAACUGCGGAGAAGAUCUUUCCUCGAGCUUGGUCGUCAAGGAGAUUUGUGCUGCGGUCAAUACGGACAGUCCUGGCAACCUACCCUCUGUUUUGCACGAACUCGACCCUGAUGUCGAUCUUCUCACCGCCGUGAAUCGACGAAAACUGCGAAUCGCCAACCUGGCCAUCCCGGUCAUCGCUUCCGCUUCAUCGCAACCGGACGACCCCCUCGUUCUCGAGAUCAUCACCGAGACCACGGACGUCUUGGCAGGCGAGAUUGCUCAUAUCGUCAAGAUCGCCGAGAGAAAGGGCCUUGCACCUGUCUCGAAUGCCACUCUCAGCGUCGUCGGGGGACUUAUCAGCCAGCCGAUAUAUAUGGAUGCGGUCAAGCAGGCAUUGAGCCGGGUCGGGGUCGUAUUCGGGGACGUCCAGCUGGUUCAGGACCCGGCAGGGGAAGGAGCAGCAGCGCUGGCCAUUCCUCACAAGUAGGACGUGUGCGGGUAUCAUUGUAGUCAUGCAUUAUCUAGUGUACAACGA